UUGGCCCAUCAGCUGUUUGCAAGCCGCAUUUAAUUUUUAAUAAUUUUGUUAAUUGUUGAAUUAAAUAUACAAAAUGCGGGUAACACAAUUUCUGGCUAGCAAACUGAAGAACUUCUCCAAUCUUCCCAAGGAGUACAUUGAGCGUAGCAAAAAACAGGUAUACUGGCAAACUCCAAAAGAAAUCAAUUACCUCCAGCGAACUGUUGAAAGGAAGCGAUUCCGCUAUACCACAAACAGAUCAUGGACGGGCCAGUUCCGGCAGCAGAAUAUGCCGGGAACAUGUCGCCGCCAUGUACUCGUAGAACCAGUUGAGGAGUGGAGCUUCUUCCGCGGCGACCGCAUCGAAGUCCUGGUGGGCAAGGACAAAGGAAAACAGGGAAUCGUCACCCAGGUGAUUCCCGAGCGCAACUGGGUAAUUGUGGAGGGUCUGAACUGGCACUACCGUAAGGUGGGUGGCGAGAAAGAAUUCCCCGGAAUCAUCAUCAAGUCUGAGGCGCCGCUUCAUGUUUUGAAAGACAUCCGAUUGGUGGAUCCCUCAGAUUUGCAAGGGACGGAAUUCGAAUGGCGGUUCACAGAGGAGGGUGAGAAGGUGCGUGUGUCAAUGCGAUCUGGUCGCAUAAUUCCCAUUCCGGAGACGAAUAACCAAACUCAUGACUACAAAACACCAAAUGCCUACAUCGAACGGGAGAAGGACACACCAGCCGCUGUUGUUGGCGAGAUUACUUUCCAACCCAAGCUUUCCACCUUCGAGAUGGAUAUUAUGGAGGAAAUGGGAAUCGAAGAGGAACGAACGCCAGCAAAAACCUAUUGGUACUAAUUCUACGUUUAUUGUUUAUUAAACUUAUGUACAAAAAACCUGGUUCGUUGA